CACACAUGCUGUGUGGGAUGACUCACUAAAGCAGAGAUGGGAAUGCAAAGGGAGGGGGAACACCCAGGCACCCUCCCACAAGGACUCGUCGGCAAGGAUCACCUGUCACAACUGCUUCCCGGACUGCGUCUUGUCACCAGAGAUCCGGCAGAACUGGUUACCAAGGGGAAGCCGGAGUGCCAGUGAUCUGUGGGCGUGUGUGCCAGGGGCGAAAAGCGGCCAUGGGUUCCGGGAUGAGUAAGAUUGUGGAGGGCCUGUACCUCGGAAACAUCAGGGAUUCUGAAGACAGGGAGAACCUGGGAAAGCACGGGAUCACACACAUCCUGUCUGUCCACAACAGUGCCAAGCCUGGGCUGGAAGACAUGACCUAUCUCUGCAUAUCUGCUUCAGACUCCUCUAAUCAAAACCUGUUGCAGCAUUUUAAGGAGAGCAUCAGGUUUGUUCACGAAUGUCGGCUGCAUGGAGGAAGAUGCCUCAUUCAUUGUUUAGCGGGGGUUUCCCGCAGCACCACCCUCGUGAUCGCCUACCUGAUGACGGUGACCAACUUUGGCUGGGAAGAGUGCCUGGCGGCCAUCAAAACGGUCCGCUCGUACGUGAGCCCCAACUUUGGUUUCCAGCAACAGCUGCAGGAGUAUGAAAAGACGUUGCUCAAAGAGUACCGAGCCUGGAUCCGGCAGGAAUAUGGCAAGAACCCGUUUGAUGACCAAGGGGAGCUGCAGCGUUUACUCUCCCAGCACGAAGAGAAAACAAGAGAGCAGCAAAUCGGACACAGGGAGACUAACUGGACCAAUGCUCCGGGCCCCACCAGGCCUCUCUCACACAACGCCUAUGCUAGCGGCACCAGCAGUCGCUGGACGAACAGAUAACCGUGCCGUUAGACGGGACUCUGCAUGGUUCCUCUCUGGGAGGAGCAGCUUUGUUGUUUUGAUCUCUGCUGGAGAAUUAAGUAGGUUAGCUGCUUCGGGAGGCGCUGUCGCAAUCGGCAGGUCGAAUAGUUAGAGCCGCCCUCUCUCUGGGGGUUUCCUCCCGGCUCUGCCACAGAUCUGCAAAGCGAUCGUGUGACUUCCAGUGACUCUGAUGUUGCAGUCCAUGUGGUCAACU